AUGCCUACAAAAUAUAAAAUAUGCAUUUUAGGUUCUGGAAAUUGGGCAACUGCAAUUGCCAGAGUUAUGGCAAAAAAUUGUUUGAAGUCGCCAGUUUUUGAUAAGAAGAUUAUAAUGUAUGUUUAUGAAGAGAUUGUUGAUGACAAAAAUCUAUCAGAUAUUAUAAAUGAAACACAUGAAAAUGUGAAGUAUUUACCGGGGUUUAAACUUAGUAAAAAUGUGGUUGCAGUGGCCGAUUUAGUCCUGGCAGCGCGCGAAGCAGAUUUUCUGUUCUUUGCGUUACCGUACUGCUACUUGCGGACCGUCUGCUCCACCUUGCUCGGCAUGAUUAAGCCUACUGCAAUUGGAUUUUCUCUAAUUAAGGGUUUUGAUCGCAAAGAACAGGGCGGCAUCGAUCUGAUCAGCAAAAUUAUUCGUCGAUACCUGAGAAUUCCUUGUCAUGUAUUGAUGGGCGCAACAACUGCACUAGACGUGGCGGAAGGACGUUUUUGUGAAGCAACAAUUGGUUGCCCUGACGAAAAGACAGGAAACUUAAUUCUGGAAAUAGUACAAACUGAGUUUUUUCGGUUGAAAGUAGUUUCUGAUGCAGAUUGUGUGGAAUUAUGUGCAGCACUUAAGGGCAUAGUAGCGUGCGCGGCUGGUUUUGCUGACGCCUUGGGACAGGGCCAAUGCACGAAGGGGGCCAUACUGCGGGCUGGCAUACUGGAAAUGAUUCGCUUCAUUGAUGUGUUUCACCCGCAGAGUCGUCUCUCCACGUUCUUCGAAUCGUGCGGACUUGCCGAUCUGGUAUCGUCGUGCAAUAUUGGUCGCCACAGGCGUCUUUCUGAAGAAUUUGCCAGAACUGGUAAGACAGUAGAAGAACUGGAGCAGGAAUUACUGCAUGGAAAUCGGCUACAAGGCCCCCAUAUCGCCAGAGAAACUUAUAAUGCAAUUGUUCACGAAGAUUGUGUUAACAGUUUUCCAUUAUUUGUGACAGUCCAUAAAAUUUUCGAAAAGGAACUCCUUCCAGAUGAAAUUUUGAGAAGUAUUGCUAGCCGCACUGAACAUAUGUGA